UAAGAGCAGCAGGACAGUUAAAUAAAGCCCCAAACAUUGCCCCAGCUUAAAUAUUUACUCUUUAGGAGAUCACAAAGGUGGUGAAGAUGGCUCAGCAGUUUGUGAACAGCAAGAUCAAAGCUGAUAAGGUGGUGGUCUUCAUCAAGCCCACCUGUCCUUACUGCAGAAAAGCUAUGGAGCUUCUCAAGCAACUGCCUAUUAAACAGGAGUGCUUGGAAUUUGUCGACAUAACAGCCCACAGGGAUACAAAUGCGAUCCAAGAUUAUUUGCAACAGCUAACAGGGGCCAGAACCGUGCCUCGGGUAUUUAUUGGUAAAGAUUGUAUUGGUGGCUGCUCAGAGCUCAUAGCCCUGCAGCAGAAUGGCCAGUUACUACCAAAGCUUCGACAGAUUGGAGUGUUACAGUAACUUCCAGGCACUUGGAAAAUGGAAUUUUAUACGAUGUUGUGCUGGAACACACACCGAUUUUGACUCUCUUUCAACGCAUCCUAUCCUGCAAGAACAUUUUAUUUUAAUUUCUAAAAUGUUAAACCAGAAAAAGGGUUGUUUUUUUCCUUCUGGAGAUGUUACUUUUCCUAUUAUCUUUCACAUUCCCAAAUGAUCUAGUAUCUUAUAACUUCUUUGCCAGCUCAAUAUUAAGAGGUCAUUCAGCUCACCCCUAAUCCUAUGGGAGAAGUUCAGAGCACCUUACUCCAGUCCACUAUUUUCUUCUGUCCUCAUCUGCUGACUCCAGUGCAUAGACAUGCUUGAUUUUAUUCUGGUUUAAUCUUCCACUUCUAAAGGCCUUUACCAGGUUUUGACUUGGGAUUGAACAAGUUUAAAAUCAGAGAUUUAUAGUUUGGGAGCUGGAAGAGGUCUCGGAGAUUUAAAUGAUAGACUGGGAUAUUCUUGAGAGUGCUUUCUCCUGUUCUUCACAUUUUCUUUCCAUCUGCUAGGGUUCCUAGGCUAUCUUUACAUAAGAUCAUAGAUUUAGGGUUGGAAGAAAGGACCUGAGAGGCCAUCUGCUCUACCUAUCCCACUCAUUUCACAGAUGAACUGAGUGUUGGGAGCAGAUCAGUCUUGUAAAUGGCCUAACAUUCUGACAACCUUAUUUCAGUAACUAUAGGUCUUUUGGGAAAUUGAGAAUCCUUCAACUUAAAAUUUUGCUUUUGUUCUAGCAUUAACAAGCACUGAUACUAGUUACAAUUCUCAGGAAGUGGUUUCAUUUCCUAGAACUUCUUGUUCUAGAAGUGAUCAAUUGCUGGGUCAAAUUCCUAUCAGGUUCCUAAAAUCACGGUUCUUGUUCUAGAAGUGAUCCGUUGCUGGGUCAAAUUCCUAUCAGGUUCCUAAAAUCACAGCUGUAAUAUAAAAUAUAGAAGGGUGAAUGAAAUGUAUAAUUUAGAAUUAUAAAUAAAUGAAGUCAUGUAUAAUUUCAGUAGGCACCAACUAAAAUAAUAGCUUUGGGGUAGGUUUUAUCUUUGAUAAUCAUGAAAUAAAAUACAUUGAGAACGUUGCCUUGGUGUUAUAUCCUAUUGAAUAAUGCCUCUUAAAACCAGUACAACAUUGAAGAGGAAAAAGAAUUGUGGGCCAGAGAGAGUUUAGAAAACUCAUUCAAUAGUGGAGUAAGAAUAAAAAUAGUGAAAAACAAUUAAUAACCAAACCUCCAGUGAGCUCAUAGCUUUAAGAUGGCUAUUUGUGCCCUGGCUUUAAUAUCUUUCAUCACUAUUCCUUUCAGUUAGUCUCUACUAGCCCUUUACCUCCUUCACAAACCAUGUACAAUGCAGCUUUUGCUCGGAACACAAGGUUGUCUGGAAGGAAUACACAAACGCUAAUAGUAGCCACCUUGUGAUUAAGGGCCCUGCACCCCAUUUGUAUAUGCAUCCAGAAAUCUAGACUCUUAACACUGAUUUUGGUUUAUUUUGAUGCCUGGGAGUCUGGAACUUGAAAACCUCUAGCACUUGCCACAUACAAUAGUUAAUAGUAGGUCUGGGGAUGUAUUUUGACUAGUCCAACUUAUUAGGCAUUUUCAAAGGCAAUCAUCUACACAGUUCUAAAAUAAGUGUUGUCUUUUCACAGCAAACUUACCAAGAGAAGAAGGUACAGAUUGUACUUGAGCCAAAUUCCAGACCAACUAGUCAAAUUCAAAAAAGUAAAAUAAAAUGCUGGCCAGGUAACAGCAGUUUUCUUUAAAACUAUUUGUUAUUUCCUGGCUUUCAGUGACUCUUCUGGUGCUUUGGGCAGAGCUGAGGGGGUGGGGAGCAAAGGCAGCAGAGGAAGACCAAUGAAAAUGCAAGUUUUAUAAAGUUGCAGCUCACGCUGACAUGUCAUGCCAAGUGUUUCUUUGCAUUUGGAAACUCUGGAGGGGAAAAGACUCUUUUCCCCCUCAGUAGCUUUGCAUUCUUCUGGUGUUUUUAAAGCUUGGCUGUCUUUCUUGCCUAAUGAUGGUGCUUGGAAUCCUUUGUGUACAGGAAUCUUUUUUUCCCCCAGGUUUGUUUAAUUUGGGGAUAACAUUUUUCAUUUAUUUAGCUUUAUCAAGUGGACAUGGAGUGCUUGACAUGAAGGGCUACACCACAAAAGAGGCCCUGGCUGCCACCUCCUUGUGACCAGCCCUUCCUCUGUAUUUGAUGUAUUUAUAGCAUUUGCACAGCUCUGCCUCAUUUAAAUCCAAUUCACAAUUAAGACAUCACCCUCAUGAUGUGCUCUUCAAGAACAAAGGAUGAACAACAAAAUGCAUGAUGUUAUGAUUGGUGUCAUACUACAUGGAUAAUAGAAACCAGUCUACGCAAAUGAUGUAUAACCUAAUGCUGAUGAUAAAUUUUACCCGAUGUAAAA